AGUUUACAUAUUCGCGGAAGACAGUGCAGUUCUCCAGUGGAUAUAAUGACAUUUCAUAAUAUUUUUAAACCUAUUUCUGUCUAAGUUCCUCAAACUAUAUAUCAUACAACGUGGAAAUAAUACAUAAAGGUAAGCUUACAAAAUGGAAAAGCUGCACAGUUACAGUGCAAUGUGCUCAACCCACUCUGAUGAAGUUGCAAUAGCAGCGUGCGUGGGAACAAAAGAACUUCUUUGUUUCAAAUGCAGUAUGGAAAAAGCAAAGGCCUCAGUACCUGUUAAGGAACUUGACAAAAUGUCUGAGGGAGGUGAAAAGCUCAUACUUGAUUUUCUAAUGGAGAAGCAAAAAGCUCAGAGAAAGAACAACUUUAUUGACAUAUACAAAAGGAAAGCAGAAGGUGCCAAGAAUAAAGUAAGUGAUCAAAUUCAUUGUUUUUAUAAAGAACUUUCAGAACAAAUCAUUAAAAUGAGAGAUAACACACUUUUAUCUUUGGAAGAAAAAUACACUUUGUUUCUUGAAAUGUGUAAUAAAGACGAAGAGAAACUUAAGACUACAACACAAAUGAUCAAUGAACACCUCGAUAAGUUAUCUUCAGCUAAAGGAGCUGAUCUUGACAAAUAUAAAGCAGAAUUGGAUGAGAUCAUGAAAAAACUAGAUGACAUUGCUGAUCAUGAAUCUUGUCCUGAAGCAGAUUUUCAUGCUUCAAAAAAAUUGAAGGAUGAUAUACUCAUGCCAGAGAGCAAGAUUGGAGAAGUUAAUUUGUUUGCAAGUGAUCAUUACGAGAAGCUGGGGCCAACAGAAGGUGCGGAAAAUUACAAAAAUCCAAAGGAAACAAAUUUUGAGGAAACACCGCCAACCAUACCUCCGAAACCUGUAAGUAAGACAGUUGGUUCGGAUGAAGUCAAUUAUGAAAAACCAAAAGUAAUUCCACGUAAAAAGAGUAGCACAAGUAAUGAGUCAGGCUGGCAAAUACCUGAAGACAAUCGGAAAUCGAAAGGGGAUCAAAACGAGUCGGCAAAAGAAGAUAAAGAAGAAAAACCACGAAAAAAGUUUUUCCGUUGGAAAAGUAAACCAGCUAAACUAGAAGAUAAGCUACAAGACUAUGAAGAAGUAAGUUUAAAAAAUGAAAAUCAAGAACGGCAGGCAAGGUAUUUAGUUAAUAAAACAGUAACACUGUCCGAGUUUCCAGAUGGGUUAAGUACCUCAUUUAAAUUCUCAAAGCUCAUUCCAAUCGGUUUGAGUAGAAUUGGACUCUUAAGCGAAAAGCAUUCAAGUAUUUUUGUAUGUGGUCUGGACGGAAAGAUUCAAUGUACUAACAACUACCCCAAAGACGCUGUUAUCAGCAUUAUAGAAAUGACAGAUGAUAUGAUAGCGGUACUCAACAAGACGGAAACGUCAAUUGAAACAGUAAAAGUUACAGACAAGAGAUUUGAAGUAAAAAAUACUAUUAACUUUAAACUGGACAUUUCAAAAGUCACGGGAUUUGAUUUUUCAAAAACGAAAUCCCACUUUGCUAUUGGGACCGAAAGUGAAUAUGUCAUUCUUGAUAAAAAGGGAAAGAAAAUCAAAUCUAUAAGAAUGGAGACAAGUGUUGAUUCUAAAGACAUCUUUUCAAUUUAUGAUUUUGAAAAAAACAACGUUUUCAUUAUCAAUAAAACCACAAAAUCUCUGAAAUGCUUUGAUGUUCAAAGUGCAGAGGUCAUCUGGAAACGCAAAUGUGAAGACCCAUCGUUUCAGCCAGAAUCAGCCUGUUUGUACCAAGGCAAGCUCUACAUUGCAUCUUCUCGCGCAGUCAUACAGUUUUCAACAGCUGAUGGAAAGCCAGAAAGGAAACACGAAACUGAUGAUCUUAUACAGAACUGUCUUGGACUCUGUGUAAUAGAUAAUGUAUGUGCGAUUUCUUCGAAUUCAUCCGAUUCUGCAGAAUCCAAAAGGCUUGGUUUCCUAGCUCUAUAAUGAUUUGUAUAAAAUAGUGAGUGGUGUAGGUUUGAAGCAAUGAACAGUGUGUCAAAUCUUAAUGAAUAUAAGAGGCUUAUAUUAUUAUAUUUUAUGUUAUAUUUUCGAUCCUUGAAGAUCGUUCAGCAAUACAUUAUUGUUGUGCUUGUGGUAUUUUUAGUUUCAACUUUUCGGCAUUUUCUAGUUGGGUGGUUCCAAUAUUUCUACUUGAAUAAUGUUGAAUCACCCUUAGGAUAUGUUGCCUGCUUUUUAAAUUUGUCUUUUGACGUAUUAUCUGUGAUACGCAGGCUUCAUAACCUCUGAUCCCCUUUCAAAAUUCCAUUUUAUUUAGUUCCGCCCAUUGUUUUCUCGUUUAGGGCACACGCUUUUUAUUGCUUGGGGACCAUACGCCGCUUUUCAUGGAAUGACACGGAUGUGUCACAUUGAAGGUUCCAUAUUAACCGCCAUAUGAACACAUCUGCGGAUGUUUCUUAAUUCAAAAUUUUACUAUUUCACGUUUAAAUGUUGAAUUCUGCUUAAGCCGGUGCUAGGGGGCGUGGACGGUAACUUGCACUUUCCAGUACCGUCCAUGAACAGGCUCAAUCAAACCGAGCCUGCAACAUUUUCAAUUUUGCCGUGUUGGGCUUUCUUUAGGGAUUCUGUAUUUAUCUAUUUUAAAAAUGAAGUAUAAUUAAGCUGUAUAUAAACAAGUUAAAGUAAACAAACUGGCACGACAAAUCUACUUCCGGUCUAACGCACGUUAUAUUUGCUUACUAGUACUUCGAAAUAAACAAAUCUUAAACAACUUGCAAAAUUAAACGCAUAAAUUCUAAGAACUUAUUUGAGCCUUUUAAUAUUUGAUUAUUUCAUGGCAUUUUUAAAGGUUUGCAGUUUGCUCAAAUCGCGUGUACUCUGUUUAUUUAGAUUUAUUAUUUCAUCAGGUUCAGCUAUGAUAUAUUUCGCCAUGUAUAGCUAUGGUAUACGUUAUCAUAUAAUACAUCUACGACAUCAUUUUCAACUAUGAUAUAUUUGAAUUAUCACACAAACCGCGGCGUGGGAGUGUAAUAAGGCAUUUAAUAAAAACGAUAUUACACUAGUGUAAGAACACUGACGUGACGUCAUUUGCGCUAUAUAUUUAUAGCGUUAAAGCGCGCUAAUGCUAGCGUAACACUAUAGGCGCGUCAUUGAAAAUUACUCAUAAUAGCAGUUUACUGUUCUUAUUUUAUAUAUAUGAUAUGUAUUCAUGUAGAUUCAAUACUAAAUUUAUUGAACUCGUUGAAUAAAACAAUAUAAUGCUCGCCAGAGGCUCGCAUAAUAUGAUUUUAUUCAACCCGUUCAAUAGAUUUAGUAUUAAACUACUCUCAUUCAAUAUCCUUUAAAUAUCAAGCUAUGGUAUAUUGAAUCUAGCGCAGAUACGUACAUGAUAUUUUAAUAUGUAUAUAGUGGUCCAAUUUGUUGUGCCCGUCAAUAUUUUGUUAAUCUAUUCACAAAAGUAAACCAUCGCUUUUCUUUGAAACGUACACUGAAAAUGACUCUCAGACAUUGAUCUGAUGACAUGUACACUGUGAAAUACAAACCAAACUUCAAUUGAUAAGGUGCAUCGAUAUAUGUUCUAUAAACUCUCGAUUUGUUAUUACAUUUUUAGUAAGCAAUUAAGGUAAUUAAAUGACAAUUAUGUAUUAGUUAAAUUUAAACACAAUCCUUAUAACAAUACUUCAGUUUAUUUCAGAUCGGUAAGGGUAAAGGGUGGCAUUGAAUAUGACCAGUCAAAGUGCUUAACACGUUUGUCAUUGCAUAGGUAGGUCUACAAAUUAUGAGUCAGUGGAUUCGAGCAUUUGGCGAUGUUCCUAUUACAUAACAUUCAUAGCUGUUAGGUAGUGAAAAUUGUGUUCACCUGUAAAACCUGGCAGUUACUUACGAGCAAAAGUUAAAAGUGUGCAUUAGUACAAAAACCAGGAACACUUUUCAGGUCAAACGCCCGCCGUUAUACAACUGAAAUUCUUAAAAAAAUGUGGUGAUAGUAAUACUUGCUCCACCAAAAACGUAUUUAGAAAAAAAGAAAAAUGCAUUAUAACACGUUAUCUUCUACAAACGCAAUGUUUUAAAAGAUAGACGUCUUAGAUACCAUGCUAUUUUUGUGUAAUGUGAUGUCGUUAAAAGAGCUGUUUGUUUGUUUGUUUUCCACUCAUGAGAAAAAUGGCAAUUGCUUGGUUUGGAGUAAAAUUUUAAUUUUGGUAAAGUGUUCUGCUUGAAGACAUCACAUACCAUGACCCUUGACCGUAACUUGCUUAUUACAAAAUGUAUUGAUGAAAGAAUAUUUGUGUUUGAUUAUAUGUUAUUCCAGAACGAUUGAAACAACAGUUGUUUCUGGUCAAAAUUAUAUUUGUUAUGGUGAGUAUGAACGUGACAAUAAAAAAAUAUAUAGGCUAUGUGAUGUUAUAUUAAAGAACACACUAUAGAAGUAAAAGAGACCUCCGAUUUGUCAACAGUGAAGAUAAUAAACGGCACCUUUAUAAAAGCGAAAAAGCAAUGAUUGUUCGACUAGAGAUUAACCCUUACUCUUUAACUAUUUCUGCAAUUAGCACAAGCUUUCACUUAUCUUUUAAUUACUUUGAUUAUUGAGAAGUCAACUCUCGCAUACUUAACUGUCCGAUUGGAACAAUCGGUAGAGCGUUUGGACGUAGGUCGGGACAUCCAAUUUUCGUAGGGACUGAUUAUGGAAUCCUUUCAUUCGCACUAUAUAUUAAUAAUAUAUCGCUUUUGUAAUUAAGUCAUGUAUGUACCCAGAUAACCUUUUAGACAAAACCUUUUUUUCUAAAUGUACUAAAAUAUAGACAGAGGACAUUUUGAUUUUGAGUAACAAAGUAUGCGAAAUUCAAAACGCAAAUUGAUAUUGUUUUCAGUCACCCACAACGUUAAAAAAUUAUUCAUUAUGUGUUGAAAGUGCAUAAGUCUUAAACCCCAGUCACACUAGAGGUAACGACUACUUGCAACCACCGGCGACUUGUUAAACUGACGAUCAUCAGCGAUUGUCUGCGACCAAAACCAUUUUUGCACAGAUACAUUUACUUAUGCGUUUAUCGUAAGACAAGUCAUCAUUGACUAUCGCACGACAGGUCAUAAGCAAACGUACGAUGGUCUCAACAUUGUGUGGGAUUAAUUACGACUACCCGUGACCUGUCAUGCGAUCACCUACAACUUGUCGUACGACUAUCAUACGAUUACUAAAGACUACUCAAGAUUAUCAGUGACUAGUGGCAAUUUGUAAAGACUGUCGUAAGAUUGUCGCACUUACGAACGACCAUCGUGCCUAAGACCUUAUAAGAUCACUAGCGACCUGUUUGAUCGCAAGGAGGUUGUUGUGCAAGCUCAAUAACCUCUCUACGGCUGAAAUUGGUCGUGGUACCUAAAUAAGACAAGCUGAGACUGUCAAAGAUCACCAAUGACCGUCGUAAGACGUUUUAAAGAUUGUCUGCCACCAGAGGUCACUCGCGAUCGUUAACUGGUCUUUACUGGUCGUAAGCUCUAAUGUGACUGGGGCUUAAAUGCUAAAAAAAUUUUGAAUUGGAAUAAUAUAUACUGAACGAAAACGAAUUUUUUCCUGUGUUUAAGUGGAGAUAAAGUGCUAUUUAAAUAUUAAAAAAAAUGUUAAAUGAGCUUAAUUUAUUCGGACGAACGAUUAUGUGUCCGAUAGAACAAAUUUAAAUUCGAUUACUACUCGUUUCGCAGGAAAUCCACGGAAUUCCAUUGAACAUUUGUGGGAUAAUUUUUACCAGCCUGUUAUACGUCGGCCUUUUUUACCGUCAAAAGUCAUUCAGCUAAAAAGCCUUAAUUGAGAAACAAGUAACAUUCCACAAGCCGAAAUCAAUACACUGAUUCGUUUUAUGAACGAUGUCAGGCAGUCCCUCACCCUGAAGAUGUCCAUACCCGAUAUUUAUUUAUGAUUUUGUCAAAUCGACCUCUUCUGCUUUCCACUACCAUUUUCCAUCUUUUUGAUAAACCCGCAGCAAUAUCUUUUUCACCAAAAUCGUAAUCAAAUACACUUUAAUACAUAUAAAUCUACUUUAAUCCUGAUUUUCAUGUUUCUGUAUAUCUGCAGAGGAAGUUUCAUUUUUGUUCACUUUAUAUAACGUAGCUAAAAAUCGUUAUUUCUUACUUAAUUAAUCUUUUAUGUUUCUAUUUAUUGAAUGCAAACAAUGUCUCAAUUGUAUUAUCUGUUUAUCUAUCCAUAACAAAGGUGCAUACAGAUAAUAUUUGUACAACAGCGUGCAUUAUGUUUUUUUUGUUGUUUUUUUUUAAAUGAGACGAAACAGGAAGAUUUAAUAAAUAUCUAUAACAAAAAAAGCUUGUCAUAAAUCAUAUAUUGCUCAAAUGUCAUUUAAAUGGGCUAUAUCAGUUUAAAUUAUGAUUAUAAUGCUUGAUGCACACUAUUAACCAAAAUAUCAGAUACAUUAGAUAGAACAAAUGUGAACCAUAAUUACAUUAUUUUUUUUAUUAUUUUAUAAAUUUUUGUAUCAACUUAUAAUUUUGUAUUUCAAAUACAUGAAAAUAAGAUAAUAUGAACCUUCUGUUAGAUUGAUAAAGACAUUUGAAUAUAAUAUACGAAAUGUGUUCUCUGUAAUACUAUUAAGUCAUCCGUUAUCUUAAAAUAUUAUAAACUUAUUUAACCGCCGAGGACAAUUGAUGUUCAUUUGUCAUCAGAUACAUUUGUUAAACGUGAACGAUUUAUUUGCUUUGUUUGAAACCUUUAAAACAUUUGAAAUGAACGAUAUUUAUUUUCGUUUUUUUUUCUUUUGUUUGUUUUGUUAUCACCAUUUUUCCGAGGUGAUUGCCUCUCUGUAGUAUUUUUGGUUUUAAUAAUUUGUACCUGAUAGACAAGUUAAUUUGUAUUAGUUAAUCUGUAAUGAUUGAAUAUUAAACAUUCUGUGAACAAG